UCUCUGAGCUUAGUUGACGGCAAGCUUCGCAACGAUCAACAUCGCGCGCAGAAUCGGGUUUCGCGCUUUUGAUUCGCGUUUCAUUCAAAACAAAAACAUAGUUUUUUCUCUAUCGGUUUUCGUCCGGCGGUUGGAUAUUGCCGUGCGUAUUGCGUUUCUGUUUACUGUGAAUUAGCAUCUGAAAGUCUUCGGUGUGAGGCGUAUGUAAACCAAACCCACCAAGCCCAAUCCUAAAUGAGGCGAAGGCGAUAACACCUGGCCUGGCGCGGCCAAACAUCGCAAUCUGCGAAUCAAGUAAAUGUAUGACCAACAGUCAGUCAGUCAGUGCCGUGAUGUGUGAAUAUUGAAAAUAAGCCACCUAUCAAUAAAGAGUGAGCUGAGAAGUUCUCUAGACAGAAAAAAAAAAUCGGCAAAUCAUCGAGAAGUUGCUGUGACGAUACGACUGGCUGGUCAUAAUCUAUAGCUGAUAUCGCGGCCUACAGGGGUUAGACAAAAAGGUUGAGAUAGCGGGUGGAAGCCUCUCGUUCGGUUCUCCAGCCAUCAUCAGUUAGUUGAGUGUGUGAUGCGCGGCCGAACAGGUGACCGUAGACGACUGCUGCUAUGUGAAAAUCGGUGAUGAGAAGAGUUCCAAUCCAACGUGUGCCCUAACGAAACGUGGGAUUUUUUUUUUUUUUUGCUAAAUUCAGCUGAACCCCCCGAAUUAGUGCAAUGAUCAGUGAUAGUGAUUAUCGGGAUUUUUAGCUUAUUGUGCAAGGAAUUGUUGCAUUCCGUCAGUCAGUCAGUGCCAAGGUCGCAGUGUCGGUUGUCAGUUUUGCACCAAGUUCAUCGACCGCCUCAAGAAGAAACGAAGGAAAAAAGCGGAAGGGCCGUUGUCGAAAGGUGUCAGGCGCCAAUUUAGUGAUUAGGUGAUAAGUGUAAUCGAUUGAAAGAAGCAAGUGGCAAAAGGAAAUCCGCGGCAGAAAAAAAAAAUGAAAUCCAACUACCUUUGUGGAUUAUCUUGUUGGCAUCCAGCAUGGCUUCAGCGAUUUGCGACGUCACGUUCCUUUAUCAUGGUGUACGGAUUCCUCGGAACCACGCAGGCAAUGGCCUACAUUUACUUCGUAAUUACACUGACCACACUCGAGAAGCGGUUCAAAAUUCCAUCGUCUACCACAGGAAUCAUCCUCAGUGGGAAUGAAAUAUCACAAAUCCUGCUGUCGCUCAUCCUCUCCUAUGUGGGAGGACACAGAAAUCGUCCCCGGUGGAUAGCAUGGGGUGUCGUCUUCUGCGCCCUCUCCUGCUUCAUUCUGGCGAUGCCACACUUCAUCUACGGAGCGGGAGAAGCAGCGCUACAGCUCACAAAGGAGUUCAUCAACGACCAGGAAGCGGAAGCGCUGCUCAACAGCCAUAACUUGACGAGGAUCGUCAAGAGCACCAAUCGACUGUGCCUGGACACAUUCAGUCCGAAGGAGUGCCACGAUAUCAUCUCAGUUGUUCCACUGGUAUUAAUAUUCAUGUCCCAGUUUGUGCUGGGCAUCGGAAACACCCUCUACUACUCAUUAGGUCAAACCUAUCUGGACGAUAACACUAAGAAAACCAACACACCACUAAUGCUGGCUUACGCAUCUUCGCUGCGAACGUUUGGACCCGUCGUAGGAUUCGCUUUAGGAUACUUUGCCCUUAAGAUUUACAUUGAUCCGACGAAAACCCCGGUCAUCGAAAGUUCCGAUCCACGAUGGUUGGGAGCCUGGUGGCUCGGGUGGAUCAUACUGGGAAUCGCUAUGCUGUUUUUCGCAGCUCUGAUAGGGUUGUUCCCCAAAGAAUUGCCCAAAAAGCAGGAUGAUGCCAAUAGGCCCAAAUCAACUAUGCCAGUAAUACUGAUGAACGAUGCUGAAGCGUUUGGAAAGGAAAAAAAUCCUUUGAGCAAAACGAAAGAACAAAAUGGACUAGCAGUGCAGAGUAAAGACGAUGUUGGCACAAUCGUGGAGUUUCCGCAGUUGAAAGAUUUUCCAAAGGCGUUGAUGCGGCUCCUCAAGAACAAGCUGCUCAUGUUCAACAUAAUCUCCGGCAUCUUCUACAUCCUGGGCUCCAGCGGUUACAUCACGUUCCUGAGCAAAUACAUCGAGGUUCAGUUCCACAAGAACACCGCAAACGCCACGGUCAUCACCGGGCCCAUUACGCUGUUCGGCAUGGUGGCCGGCUUCCUAAUCUCAGGCAUUGUCAUCUCCAAGAAGAAGCCCUCGCCGAAGAUUCUUCUCUUCUGGAACGUCGUCGUUGGCGUCGGCUAUAUGCUCGGUCAGUUCUCGUACUUAUUCCUAACGUGCCCCGAUGGCACUAUGCCCCUGGUGGAGGGGCGUCUGAAUCUGUCCACGGCAUGCAACAGCCAAUGUCACUGCGAUGGAGUACCGUACAGUCCCAUCUGCCAGGAGGAAACGGGAAUCACGUUCUUCUCCGCUUGUCACGCUGGAUGUGACGCGUGGGAUGCCAAAGGGAAAUACUACGAUCAAUGUACCUGUCAGAAUGAAAACUAUUCACCCAUUACAAAACCCUGGGAAAUGAAUCCUUCGUUUACUACGAGGACAAUGUCUAGGGAAACAACCCUUCCAGAUAUUAUACCAACUACAGCUGCUUCGACGUCAACGUCUUGGUCUCCCAGCAGUUCUACGACUAACAGUAUUUCAACAUUUACGGUGGCCGCACCGGAUGAGUAUGACGAUACCCACCAAGGCAAAUCAGUUCCUCUGCUGAGGAACAGCUCGGAUACGUAUAAGACUUCCCCACCGGGAGAUACAGACCUGGAUGAUAUCUACCUAUACGACAAUGAAGAUGAUUUAACGUACGACGAGAAAGACUUCAACGCAACCUCAAGCAAGGAAACCGAACAGGAUCUCGCGAAUAGAACGCGUCGAGAGGUGAAUGAGAUGGAGUUUACCAGCACGACACCCUCCGGCACCGACAGUCCCUUCACUGCCCGGCUGAUUCCUGGAGCUUGUUUGAAAGGGUGCGCCAUGGGAUUCUAUCUGUUUUCCAUAAUUUCCAGUAUUAUCAACUGCUUUGGAGCUUCCGGCCGCAUUGGCAAUCUGUUGGUCAAUUACAGAUGCGUCGCCAAGGAGGACAAAUCCUUUACGCAGGGGCUGAUCCUGAUGAUGAUCAGUUUGUUCGCUUUGAUUCCGGGCCCAAUCAUUUACGGGCGCAUCAUCGACAGUACCUGCUUGGUGUGGACGGAAGAGUGUGGCAAGCGGGGGAACUGUCAACUGUACGAUCAGCGACUGUUCCGGUAUUACAUCAACAUAACGGCCUUAUGUUUAACCGCAAUCGGAGUAUUUUUCGACGUGUUAGUAUGGUGGUACGGCCGAACACUUGAUCUGUACGGCGAGCGGGAAGCUGAGCAGAAAAAGACAACCACAGCACCACAAUCCAAAAGCGCAUUCAAGUGAUGGAAGGUCAUCUAUGCAAGCACAGACUGACAAGCGCUGUGUGAACUGUUGUCACUGCAUUGGAUAUUUCGAAAGAAAUCCAUCCCAACUAACACGAGGGGGUUCCAUGUGAUUUUUUAUUUAAAACAGUAAAAUAGAAUAAAAAUUCUAAAAUCCGCAAAUAUACAUUCUUAAUCUGUGAUUUGUUAAAGCAGUAAUUAUGUUACGAUUUCAUUGCACGAUUGUGAAUAAAUUUUAUAAACAA